CUCCACCUCCACCUUCACCUCUCACCAUGUCUCUCUCUCUGGGCCGCCAGAGCAGCAGCAGCUACAGCUCCCGCAGCAUCUCCAGCUCCCGCAGCAUCUCCAGCAGCAGCGUCAGCAAAGGGAUGCAGCUGGUCGGAGGCGGACAGACCCGCAUCUCCACCGGCGGGAUCUUCCAGGACCGCGCUCCCAGCAUGUACGGAGGCGCGGGAGGUUACGGGACACGCAUCUCCCAGUCCUACUCGAUCUUCUCCGGGUCGCAGAACGGAGCGUUCAACGAGUCCGCAGUGAUCAGUAAUGAGAAGUUCACCAUGCAGAACCUCAACGACCGCCUGGCCUCCUACCUGGAGAAGGUGCGCUCCCUGGAGGCAGCCAACAGGACGCUGGAACUGCAGAUCAGAGAGUACUAUGAAAAGAGAGCUCCUAGUGUCUCCAAAGACUUCAGCGCCUACUUCGCCACCAUCACUGACCUUCGAGUUCAGAUCAUGAGGAGAUAUGCAGACAAUCAACGCAUCAUCCUGCAGAUUGACAAUGCUCAGCUGGCUACAGAUGACUUUAGAGUGAAGUAUGAGACGGAGCUGAACCUGCGUUCAAUGGUGGAGGCCGACGUGCUGCGUCUCCGAGGGGUCCGGGACAGCAUGACUCUUGCCAUCAGUGACCUGGAGGUGCAGAUCGAAGGCUUGAAAGAGGAGCUGGUGUACAUGAAGAGAACCCAUGAGGAGAAGAUGACUGCGCUGAGGGUCCAGCAGACUGGCUCGGUCAAUGUAGAGGUGGACAGCCCAGCGCCUGUUGAUCUGACAGAAAUCUUGCGGGAGGUGAGGGAGCAGUAUGAAGCUCUGGUGGUGAAGAACAAGCAGGAACUGGAGAAAUGGUUCCAAUCCAAGGUGACUACUCUCCAAACAGAAAUCUUGCAACGUACAACUGAGGUGAAGACCUUUUACACUGAGCUGUCAGAGCUGAAGAGGACCUACCAGAGUUUGGAGAUAAGUCGACAAAGCGUUCUCACAGAGAUUCAGUGCCUUCAGCAGAAUUUGGAAGAGGUGAAGAGUCGAUACAGCGUUCAGCUCAGCCAGCUGCAGAUGACCAUCAACAUGCUGGAGACAGAGCUGCAGCAGCUUAAAGUCGCCCUGGAGCAGCAGCAGAGCGAGUACAACCUGCUGCUGGACAUCAAGAUGAGGCUGGAAAUGGAGAUCGCUGAGUACAGGAGGCUGCUGGAUGGAGAGCUGCGUGAGAGGGGGCUGUACGAACAAAAGAAGGCCGUGGUCAUCAGCAAGGUUGUGGAGGUGGAAGAGCAAAAACCUCACAUCGAGAGGAGAGUGAAGACCAUCGUGGAGGAGAUAGUUGAUGGGAGGGUGGUGUCCUCCACUAUGGACACCCAGGUGGAGGACAUCCAGUAACACCUCGGCCCACCUCUGCUGACACUAAACUUACAUUUUAAUGGUAAUUUGGCUCCUAAAUGGUGUUAAUGGGUUCCUCGCUUAAUGAAUAAUUUACUAGAGUCAGCUGUUAAUUUGUAAUUUCAAGUUGGCUGUAUACCUGGUAUAUGAUAGUUCCCAAAGUGGUUUUAAGGGGUGUUUCUUGUGAUGAUCUUUCCUUGACGGAUGCUCACUAUGAAAAGUAUGAAAACAAAAUACGAUUAAAAUGCCAGAAUGCACAGAUGACGACAUGAAUUAUUAAUCUUGUUUUACGACUCAGAAAGCUGUAUUAUAGUUUGUGCCUAGAUUUUAAAUUUGCAAAUUUUUAUUUUUUUGGACAUAUGUAAAACACAGGAGUUGUAAAAGGGUCAAGAUUCAAGAUGUUUUAGGUCAUACAAAGAAAGUGAUAAAAGCUCAGUAUUGUUCUGUUGUCUGAGCUCAAGGUUAGUGUCUCUUAUAUUUGCAAAAUGAUAACAAUACAC